AUAAGCUCAAACUCUUGCACUAAAUCGUCAAGGAGCUUUGAUUUGAGUAACACCAUGGCGAGUAGUGGCAUGAUCAAUGUCAAGAUGGGUUUGGUUGUGGCGCUUGUGUGUGGCAUUAUUAUGGGUGGAAGGGUGAGCGAGGCGGCCGUGACAUGCAACCAGGUGGUCAGCGACUUGGGUGCGUGCGUAUCAUAUGUCACUGGUGGAGGGGCGCCGUCUGCAACAUGUUGCAGCGGUGUGCAGGACCUGAAUAAAUUGGCAAGCACAGCGGCUGACCGACAGGCCGUGUGCGGAUGCUUGGAAUCGCUUGUCAAGGGGGUUUCGUAUAAUGCUCAAACGCUUGCUAAUGCUGCUGCUCUUCCGGCUAGGUGUGGUGUCAAGCUUCCCUAUAAGAUCGACCCACGUAUCGACUGUAGCACCAUUCGUUAGGAUGUCGUAGCUAAGUCCAGCUGCAAUGCUAGUAGACCAUGUUGUUGUGUCGUAACUAUCCGAGAAUAAAUGAAGGAAAAGUUUUAAGUAUUUCUAAACCAAGGUGAUUUCGUUCUAUUUUGGUAUCUGAUCCAAAAACCCUUGUAUUUGGUCGUUUUAUGCUCGGAAUCCAAAUAUAUAUUAGUAGUGUUUACUUAUUA